AACCGCCAUUAAACAAAGAAGAAUAACUUCCGGUUGGUGGCAGAAGCUAGACAAGCUAAUUCUAGUAGCCGUGUUGUUGUUGUUUUCUAUACCACAAUGACUUCAAAGAAAGGGAAGAAAGUCGUAAAUCAAGAAGAGCUCCGGCGACUGAUGAAAGAAAAACAAAGGCAAACAUCCGACAAGAAGCGUGUCGAGUCUCCGUUUGCUAAAUAUAACAGUUUGGGCCAUCUGAGCUGUGUGCUGUGCAACAUGCAGGUGAAGUCGGAGCUGCUGUGGCCCGCUCACGUCCUCGGAAAGCAACACAAGGAGAAAGUUACCCAACUGAAAACAGACAAACAAACACCGCAGAGUCAACCGGAAAAGAGGAAAGCACCAAACGACGAGGACGUCAACGGGAAGAAGGCGAAACUAACGCCAGGGGAAGGGCAGUCCGACUCGGCUGUACCUGGAGAUUUCUUUGAGCAGCCUGACUCUGCAAAGCCAGCAGGCAUCAGUUUGCUAGUCGGGGUUUAUGAUAAAGAUGGGGAUGACGAUAAUGAAAAGCAAGCGACAGAAGAAGCAGGAAACAACGACACUGCUCCGACAGCUGCGGAACCAGGCGAACUACCCGCAGACUUCUUCGACAGCUCCAUCCCCAUUAACCCCGCCGUUUCCCACUCGGGCUCCAUUCUAAAGGCGGAGGCGCCGGAGAAAAGCACCGAAAAGAAAGACCGCUCAGUCGAAGCGAUACCAGAGGGCUUCUUCGACGACCCGGUAAGGGACGCCAAGGUGCGCAACGUUGACGCGCCCAAAGACCAAAUGGACAAAGAGUGGGAAGAGUUCCAGAAGGAGAUACGUCAGGUGAACACCAAGUCGGAGGCCAUCGUGGCUGAAGAUGACGAGGAGGGCCGCUUGGAGCGACAGAUCGACGAGAUUGAUGAACAAAUUGAGUGUUACAGAAGAGUGGAGCUCCUGAGAGACAAAAGGGAUGUGGCGAAGAGGAGGUUUCAGCUGAGGAAGAAAAUGCAACCCAUGGAGACGGAUGUCAGCAUGGAGGAGGAAGAAGAGGAGAAUGAAGAAGAACUGCUUGGACUUCUGUCCCGGGACUGGCGGGCCAAAGGGGCAUUGGCGUAAAUUAUGUUUAUACUGGAAGAAACCCACACUUGAAAUUAAAUGUCAUGCACUCUCAAUUAUGUAUUAAACAAACUGAAUACAAAUUAAA